AUGGGGCGAAGAAAGAUUGAAAUUAAAGCCAUCAAGGACGACAGGAACCGCUCUGUUACGUUCCUCAAGCGAAAGGGUGGUCUUUUUAAGAAGGCGCACGAGCUGUCCGUACUCUGCUCCGUCGAUGUCGCCGUUUUUAUUUUUGGCAACAAUAAGAAGCUUUACGAGUAUUCUUCGGGCGACAUGAGGGAACUGAUCACAAGAUAUCAAUAUCAUGGUGUCCCACAGGAACAUAAAGGACCGCCCGACUUCAACGGCGGUGAUGACGAUGACGACGAAGAUGGCGAAGGUACUCCCCCUCACGGCCACGAAGGUUCCGUCGAACCCCAGAUGAUGCCUCAUUUCCAAGGCCAACACCCUUUUCAACACUUGAGGCAUCAUACUCCCUGCCCUUCGCCUCCCAUCAACGGAAUGCCCUUCGCACCCCGGGGCCAUACACCCCAGCCGCAAAUCGCGUCCAGACCGUCAUCUCGAAAUGAUCCUCGCCGCGACCUACGAGUCCCUCAGCCGGGACCUCAACCAGUUACCAACGGAUACGCGUAUAUGCCUCAGCCGGCUAUCUACAACCCCCAGAGCCAACCUACUUAUCAGCAUGGAAUUCCACCCCCAGCUCCUGCCCAAUACCAGUAUAGUAAUGCUCAACCCCUUGUACAAGUCCAACACUACAUGGAAGAGCAGCGUCGAUCGUCUGUGCCUCCUAGUUAUUCUCAGCAGGCUCCGCAACCCCCGCGCCCUUCUCCGCCGCAGCCUACGCAUCAGCUACCACCACAGCAACCGUCUCACACGUCUCCGCAGCCGCCUCAUCAGCACCUAGAACCUCCGCAGCACCAGCAGCACCAACAACACCAGCAGCGCCAGCAGGCGCCAGAGCCGCAACAACCUCCUGCGCCUAUGGAACCGAAGCACGAGCUGCUCCCAGAAAGAUCUAGCCAACCUUUACUCGACACUGCAUCCGCAAUCAAGAAAAUGCCGCAGCGUAAGCAACACAGCAUUUUCACUCCGAUCGACGAAAAUCGAUCAAUUUUGUCUCAGCAUAUGGCCUCGUUUAACGCGGAACCCCGGAUAAAAGACGAGGGCAACCGGUCGCAAUCUGUGGAUGUCGGCGCUGUCUCGCGUUCUAAGUCUGACUCGUCGCCUCCUCUGCCUCAGCGCUCCAAUACGUCUAAUUUGAGCCAUUCUCGCAACUCUAUUCCUACGAUUCCUGAGACUACAUUUACACCUCCUUCUCGUUCAAACAGUCUGAAGGUCGGCGGUGGAGCGCGCCCUCGUCUCAAGGUCCAGAUCCCCGAAGAACAGUCGGACAACGGUAGCACCGCUGGGGGUGAUACAGCUACUUCACCCCGCACCAACACGGACACUACUACGCAAGCAACCCGUCGAAACGGUAUAGAGGGCCCUGGAACCGGCGUAGUUCUCCCUCCCCCGUCGCCCUCAGCAUCGGCUAUGCUAUCUGCGGGAGCUACCGGACCACCAAAUCCAUUCGCUAGACCCCACCCUCAAACCCAGAAUAACAGCAUGAACAUUGAAACGCCCGUAUCAGCGCUUCCAUCGAGGUUUCUCAACAAUGAGUUCCUACCUAGUCCCAGCAGUUUCUACCCCGAAUGGAACUUCCGGGGUCCUGAUAGCAACACAUUGCCGAGUCCCCUAAAUUUCGCGACACCGGUGGUCGGUUCGGGUCCUUCCUUUCUGAGGGAUGACAACGGACCGAGUGCCACGAAGCGAAAGAGCCCGGAUAUAACGGCCGGUCACGGUUCGGAUGGACCCGAAGGCGGCGAGCCUAAGAGAAUCAGGGUUGACGGUUAG